AUAAAAUUUAACACUAUACAACAACACUCAUUGCACUCAAAUUUGCUGUGUAUGGCUAUGAGAGGGUAGAGAAAAGCACUGACCACAAAAUUAUGUUAGUGAUCUUAUACUUGGCUCUCCAUCCCACUUAUUUAAUUUAAAACAACUGUAUUAAGUCUCUUUUUCCUUAGGAAUGGCUUCCUCUAGCAGUCUCUUGUCUGAGGAGCAAUGUCAUUGCUCCAUCUGCCUGGAUGUGUUUACAAAUCCCGUCUCUCUCCCGUGUGGGCACAACUUCUGCAUGACCUGCAUCAGGAGCUACUGGCAGACCAGUGCAAUCUACCAGUGCCCUAUGUGUAAGAAGACCUUCUACAAGCAGCCUGAUAUCAGCAUUAACACAGUCCUUAGGGAGAUAGCUGAGCAGUUCAAAGACAUGCGAGCCAGCGCCUCGGGGGCACGACAAUCUGACGAACCUACUGAGCAGGUGGGCCAGUCAGGUGAGGUGUCCUGUGAUGUGUGUACCGGAGAGAAAAUGAAGGCUGUCAAGUCCUGCUUGGUCUGCCUGACCUCCUACUGCGACGAGCACAUCAGGACCCACAAUGCUAGGUUCACCAAGCACAAGCUGGUGGAGCCUGUUAAGAAUCUGGAGGACAGGAUGUGCAAGAAGCAUGAAAGGCUCCUGGAGCUGUUCUGCAAGAGAGACCAGACUUGUGUUUGUGUGCUUUGCACUGAAACCAAUCACAGGGCCCACUAUACCGUGCCCGUGGAGAGGGAGUGGACCGAGAAAAGGGCCCAGCUGAAGAAGACCGAAGUAGAAGUUCAACAGAUGAUCCACGACAGACUGAAGAAAAUGGAUGAGAUUCAGCAGUCAGUAGAGCUCAGCAAGUGCAGUGCCCAAACGGAAAUUGAGGAAUGCGCGCAGGUCUUCACCAAUCUAAUACGUGUCAUUCAACAAACCCAAGCGGAACUCAUCGGAAUGAUGGAGGAGAAGCAGAAGGCAACAGAGAGGCGAGCUGAAGGCCUCAUUAAAGAUCUGGAGAACGAGAUUGCAGAGCUACAGAUGAGAAACACUGAGCUGAAACGGCUCUCUCACACUGAUGACCACAUCCACUUCCUACAGAGUUUCCCUUUACUGUGCACCCCUCCACACACCAAGAACUGGUCAGGUGUCACUGUUUACACUGACCUCCCUGUGGGCACCAUAAGGAGAGCCAUAUCUAGACUCGGGGAGACGCUCAGUGAAGAAAUGGAGAAAUUGGCAGAAACGGAGCUAAAGAAGAUGCAGAAGUACACUGCCGAUGUAACCUUCGACCCCAAAACUGCAAACCCCUGGCUCCUGCUGUCAGACGAUGGCAGACAAUUGAAACAUGGGGGCACGUGGCAGGACCUCCCAAACGAGCAAGAGCGCUUCGACACGGUGGUCAUUGUGCUGGGGAAGGAGGGGCUGACGUCGGGGCGGCACUACUGGGAGGUACAGGUGGGGGAGAAGGACGACUGGUACCUGGGAGUGGCUAGGGCGUCUGUCAAGAGGAAGGGGCGGAUCGCUGUUAGCAUAUCGCAUGGAUACUGGGCCCUGGCUAUGAAGAAGAACCAGGAGUACCGAGUCUCAUCCACACCUCCCAUUGUCCUUACCCUGGACUCCAAACCAAGGAAAGUGGGUGUCUAUGUGGAUUACGAAGAAGGACAGAUUUCCUUCUACAAUGUCAAAGCCAGAUCCCAUAUCUACACCUUCAUGGACGUUUUCACUGAAAAGCUGUAUCCAUUCUUUUACCUCUACUGCUGUGAUAAAGCGUCUGACACAAUGGUAAUCUGCCCAGUGAAAUAGGCAGCAUGUAGAAAUGCUUGAGGACUGAAAAGACUGACAGUACCUGCUUGGACUGACUUCUUAAUUUUCUGGAAAAAUAAACAGUCACAGUAAACGAACCGCAUUAAAAUACUUACAUCUAAAAUACUGUAGUGCUUUAUAUUUGUUUAAGGCACCCGUGUCUAAUUUUAGGAUUAUCCCAAAAUGAUUGCAUGCAAUGUUAAUGCAGGCAGAGGCAGGGCUGGCCCAACCCUUCUUGGGGCCCUAAGGCCCUUGAUUAACUAGGUUGUCAUGUGUCAUCUUCCUUCCCAUUCUGACAGGUUAAUCAAAUGGGGCUUCGUUUGCGCCUUGGGCCGGCCCUAGGCAGAAUUCUUCCGUUUAGGGGAUGAACAACUAUACAGUAUUUAAAAAGUCUAUUAAUGAAAAAGUCUGUAUUAAAAAGAUAAAUCAA